CAGUAGUAACUCAACAUGGCGUUAGGGCCAGACUGGGUUUCUCAGUCUUGGUGUUUCUUAUGGAUGUUUACUCUAUUAUUAAGUGAAUCUCAGACGAAAAAGACACAAACAUAUUAUAUGCAUGGAAUAGACUGUGGAAAUAAGAAAUACAUAGGAGGCGCCACUGUAUUAUCCCAUCAAGAGGAAAACUCAGAAUAUUAUAUGAACAAUAAUGAGUGUAAAAUGACUUUUAAAGCCGAUAAUGAAGGCUGGAGAAUUAUGUUACGUUUUCUAGAGCUGGAUAUUCCUGAUAUAGACCAAAACACUGGAAUAUGUAAUGAUGCCUUGUAUGUGUAUGAUUCUGAAGACAUCUUUACUGGGGCAAUGUUAGAAGCCGGAGGAAAUUUUGGAUUAUGUGGUAUUCAGCCUCCUCCAAAUCUACUAGUCUCCACAGGUCCCUUCAUGACAGUCCAUUUUAGGACCAACAAAAAUGGAGAUUUAAAAAGAAGAGAAAUUGGAAGGGGUUUCAAAUUCAUAGUUACAGCAUUUAGUGAAGAUUUUCAAAAAUAUAAUUCCUGUGGCACACACUUCCAGUGUGCUAACAGAUAUUGUAUAGAUGAAGACCUCAAGUGUGACAAAGUGGAUCACUGCGGUGACAACUCUGACGAGGCAAUGGAGGGGUUUGCUCAGUGUGGCGUCAAAGAUGAUGGCUCAUUUCUCAACCGAUUUUUAGCCCUCGGAGUUACGGCCUCAGUGACAAUAACUGUAGGAAGUCUCAUCGUACUUAUCGUCUGCAUCGUCGCUGCUGUCUGCUGUUGUAAAAAAGUAUUUUGUAAACCGCCCCCAGAGGGCACCACUAAUUCACCACAUAAUGCUGCCCCCAACAAUUUGGCAGCAAAUGGGGUUCCACCCUAUAAUCAAAGUCAAAGCACAUGUAACUCUUCAUAUCCUCCUAGUCGGGAAUAUAGCGAAUUUCCACACACGCAUCAGGGUUACUUCCCCAUGCAACCCGUAUACCACCCUACCGCUCAGCAUGGUACAGCGCUGUACACCGCUGCUUUUACUCGUGAUGUUUUAGUAGCUAACACUCACAAUUCAGGAAGUGCUUAUUCCUCACAGUCUCACUCUCAUUCACAGCCUCCCUCCCACCACCGAUCGUACACGCCGACAAGCUCCCGCUCGGGAAAGUCCACGCGAUCUAAUAAUAGCACAAGUGUCACCUACUCUCAAGGCACAGACAAGAUUGCACUGCCCAUCAACCUAUAGCAGAGAAAGACAUAUGGAAAAAGGAAUUGUGGGAUAUAUAUAGUGGAGUGAAUUGUGGGGAAAAUGGCAGAAAUGGAAAAAUGACUUAUUGCAGUGCUAUAUGGACACUUGAACUUGCAGGGCAUUUGCUUUUGCAGUUGCUAAGAAUGAUUGAUACUAGACAAAGUGUAAAUGUCUAGGUUUCGUGCAGCAAUUUGAAUGUGUUUUAUUGCUGUGAUAUAAAUGAGCUAUUAUUUGAUUAGGAGAAUGUGAAAUUGUGAUGUGGAUGCCAUGUGACCUAUAGCUACUAAAUUUUAGAGAUUUAUAGUCUCGUAGACUUGUAAAUUGACAGAAAUAUUAUGAUCUCAGGAGAUAUUUGUGUAGCACAUACAAUGAUUAUGUAAUUUUUAAAUUGAAUUUGUAGUGUGUUCAGAAACAGUGUCAUAAUUGUCCCUUUUAGAAACCAUAUCCUUAUUUCAACAUUUUAAAAUAAAUGACCAUAUGUACUGUUAUGUUUAUGCCAAUAUCAUUAGAAUUAAUGAAAGUUGAUUUUCAACUCUCUUUUUUUCACAGUCGCACAAGCAAGGCAUUUUCUGAUUUUUUUUUCUAAAUUUGUACAUACAUUGGUUAUUUUUAGCAAUUUAUUAUCUAUUAAUACACUUCCAAGAAGUUGUUAUAAGAUACAAAUUAUUUACUUUUUUCUUACAGAAGGUUGUACAUGUACAUCGAUCUAUAAAGAAUAGGCCGGUAUAUGUUUUCAUUAAUGUGUAAACUUUUCAACCAGAGUUGUUGAAGAUGAACAUGAUAUUGAUUAGAAAAUGUUGCAUUUUUUUUUUCAAGUUUCUUACCACAGUUUACCAAGAAAUGCUUUUUUAAUUAAUCAUAUCAAGCAGACUUUACUACUUAAAGCCACUUGAUUUGUCAACGAAAAUUGUUGGUUUUUCCGGUACAUGCAAAUUGCAAUGAUACCUUUUCCACAAAUUAAGUAGCUGAUAUAUUUUAAAAAGAAAAAUUCUGCAUUUGAGAGUCAAAUUUUAAUUUGGAUUAAUAUUUAAUAAAUGAAUUAAGGGCAGCUUUUCCUAUUGAGAUUAGAAAAAAGGUUGAUUUAAGUCACAUAAAGGCAUUCCCAGUAAUCAAGAUUUGUACAAAAAUUCUGGGUUACAUUUGAUAUUGAAUCACAAUUGUAAAAGAUGCAUGUCCUGAAACCUACAGAAGAUUUCUUUUAUCUCCUCGGUAAAGAUUUACCGGUACAAGCUAAUUGUUUUUAGUUUUCUAGAUAAACAUGAGUUUCAACAUCAUGCAGUUAAGGAAACAUAAAUGCCAUUGACAGAAAUUUUCAUUUUGAUAGUUAAAUUUCAUUCACAAUAAAAAUAAAAGUCUUUGAAACAUAAAUGUUGAGACAGGUAUUAUAUUCAUCUCAUUCAUUGCACAUGUCUACCUGUCUCCCUGCUCCCCUUUUGACUCCCUUGGUCCCCCCCCUUUUUUUUUCGUUGUUUUUAUUUAUUAAACAUAUUUAUAUCAACCUUCUGUGAAGGCAGAGAUAAUGUGAAAUCCAUGUGCUUUGAUGUAAAACAAAACAUAUUGAUGAUCAAGAUUUAUAUGAGAAUGAAUUUUAUCUACAUAAUGCAUUUAUCCGUAGCAAUUGUGAAUUGCAAGAAUCCCUUUUAGAAGAAUGUUUAUUAUUGAUUUAAGUUUGUUUUUUUAUCCUUGUACCCGAGUACAAAAGUUGUAAGGAAACAGUAUAUUUUUUACAAUUAACUCUUGAGUGUUGUGAUCCUGUUUUAAAUGUUAUUAUGAAAAAGUUUAACGUUUAAAUCAUUUUUAGAACUAUUACAUGUAUUUUUACAUAUGUAAUAUGCCAUAUAUUUAUGACUUG